GUUAACCUUAAUUUGCGGUGCAAUAUCGAUUAGUGGUUAUUGUGAAUGAAUGUAGGACACUUCAUAUUUUUCGCUUUAUUUUUGUGAUUAAUGCGUCAAGAUAAUGUUUUUUUCACUGUAAAUAGUCCGCUAUAGUGUUAAUGCACUCCGUAGCCGCCCCCUUUCUCUUUGUUUUCGAAAUCACUGAAAGUGCGCUAAAAAUCUUCACAAAAGAUGACAAGUGAAAGUAGUUCAGCAGUGGUGGAGCUUAACGAUGCUGACACGGAAGACACAGAGUGUGGGAGUGUCACCGAUGAUGCUGAGGGUAUACCAUUGAUUAUGGAACAUGGUUGUGACAUUGCUGUUAAGGUCGAUGCACCAAUGAAGCAACUAUCGACCCUAGAAACUUUCGUAACAUAUCGCGUGCGGUGCGUAUGCGCACGAUGGCCUACACCACCGCAUGUACGGAGACGAUAUAACCAUUUUAAGGUACUUCACAAACGACUGGUCUCAUCACACCCCCUGCUAGCGCCACCCCCACUACCCCCUCUCCACUCGGCUCGCCAACAGCUAGACCGGUAUUCGCCUACCUUUGUUGCUGUUAGAACAGUCGCACUGAAUGCAUUCUUAGACCGCGUAGCGAAACACCCGAUUCUAACCCACAGUGAAGAUUUUAGAAUAUUUCUCACGACUCCGGACGAAGAAAUUGACAAG